GUUUAUAAAUAAAUAGUAAUGACAGAUAUCAAAAUUAGUAAUUAAACAAAAGAUAGAGCAGCUGCGUGUAAAGCUUAUAUAGAAAGAAAAUAUAAAAGUUUAAUAACAAAUGAAAGAGAGAAGAUGGAAAAUUGGUAGUAAUUGUAAUACACAUUAAAAAAUUUAAAUUUUACUCCAAUAGAAUAGGAAUUGAUUAAGAAGGAGAUUUAACAUAAGGAAGCAAUGCAAUUAAGAAAAAAGUUUAUAUGAAUUAAUAAUUUUUAGAAGAUAAAAAAUAACAGUAGAAGAUUUUGAAUCUAUAGCUAUAAUUGGUAGAGGAGCAUUUGGAGAAGUAAGAGUAUGUAAAACAAAACAGACGAAUGAAAUAGUAGCAAUAAAAAAGAUGAAAAAAAAAGAAAUGCUUUUCAAAAAUUAAUUAGGACAUGUUAGAGCUGAAAGAGAUAUAUUAGUUUCAUCAAAAUGUUAAUGGAUAGUAGAAUUAAAAUCUUCAUUUUAAGAUGAUGAAAAUUUAUAUUUAGUAAUGGAAUUUUUAAGUGGUGGAGAUCUUAUGACUUUAUUAAUAAAAAAGGAUAUCAUUCCAGAAAAAGAUGCUAAAUUUUAUAUUGCUGAAUUAGUUUUAGCUGUAGAAGAAAUUCAAAAUAUGAAUUACAUUCAUAGAGAUCUUAAACCAGAUAAUAUAUUAAUUGAUACAUAAGGUCAUUUAAAAUUGUCCGAUUUUGGUUUGUGUAAGCAUUUGGGUUAACAUUAUGAUAUGGCAAUUCCGUAUAAUAUAAAUAAUAAUACUGGUAUAUAAAAUAAAUCAAGAAAUGAAUAGAGAAGAUAAUUAGCAUAUUCAACAGUUGGAACACCUGAUUAUAUAGCUCCUGAAGUAUUUUCAUAAAAUGGAUACAAUUAAUUAGUUGAUUGGUGGAGUGUAGGUGUAAUAUUAUUUGAAAUGGUUAUUGGAUAUCCUCCGUUUUAUAGUGAUACUCCAUAAAAAACAUGUUAGAAAAUUUUAAAAUGGAAAAAUAAUUUUAAAUUUCCUAAAGAGCCAAAAGUGUCUCCUUAAUGUUAAGAUUUAAUCACAAAAUUAAUAACAGAUGUAUCUGAUAGAUUAGGUGAUGCUACAAAGAUAAAAAAACAUCCUUUUUUUAAUGGAAUUGAUUUUAAUAAUAUAAGAAAUUAAAAACCCCCAUAUAUUCCUGAUAAAAAGAAAUUAACUUCUAAUUUUGAUAAUUUUGAAGAAAAAGAACCAUGGAAACAUAUAACUCAUAAUAGAGAAGAAUCAGAUUAGGAUAAAAAUAUAUCAAAUCUAAAUUAGAAAUAUUUUAAUGGAUAUACAUAUAAACGUAAUUGGGAUGUUGAAAUGAGUCCUGUAAAGAGGGCUUUAGAGGAAUUAGAAAAUAUAAAACCUUCAGGAAUAAAAGCAGAAUUUGAUAAGAAAUAAAGAUCUUAAUCUCCAAAACCUAUAACAGCACCUCCAGAAUUAAAUAAAUCUUAAAGAUCCUAAUCUCCAACAAUAAAAGAGUAAUUAAAAAAUACAUAUAUGUAAUAUAUUGGGUAAUAUAUAUCACCUCUAAAUAAAUAAAAAUAACAAUUGAAACAAUAAAAAUGA